AUGAGACAUUGACGUUUCGGUGGACGAGACCAUCGUUUCGCGAACGGAUCGGUAAGCUCGAACGCAACUGGUGGCGGAUUUCAUACGAGCCGUUCGGUGCCAUCAUUUCAAAAUAGUCAUUCGAAUGGCGGUAGCGGUUGGAAUAACGCUUCAUCGGGAUGGAAUAGCCCAAGGAACACAUUCAGUAACAACAACAAUACGAUUCCAUAUCACAAUUCGUAUGGACGUGGUGACGGUGGCUUUAAUCGAGGCGGUGGUGGAGGUUUUCAUCCAUCGUCAUCAUCAAAUUCAUUCCAGAUGAAGCAACAAUACCCAGGUGGUGGCUGUGGCACUGCAAUGCCACCACAAAACACGAAUUCGUUCGAUUAUUGGGGUGCACCCAAUGUUCAUCCACCUCAAAUGCGAAGCGGGUAA